AUGACGGUGAUGGUGAUGAGGAUGCCCCCACCUCUGCUGCUACAGCCGAGGCCCGUAUUGUUGGAGCGGCCCACUAAAAGCCCGCCCCGGCCCCGAGCCGCCAGAGGCGCCCGCUCGGGUUCAGCCCUGCACCUCGCCAGCCCGCCGGCUCCCAGUCCGGGUCCCCGGGCGCUGCAGGUGACCCGGCGGCGCAUUCCAGCGCUUCCCGCCGCCUGGGCCACCGCCGCCACUGCUACCACCGGCGCCCCGGCCGCGACUCAGCCACAGGAAAGCGGAGAGCGCCCAAGCCGGUGCGUGCGCGGGGCAGGGCGGGGGCGGGGGCCCCACGAAUCCAGCAACCCGGACCCGGGCUCGGAAACGCAACCUAGCCUCGGGCUCCUGCUUUCCGGAUUCCUGGCGAGCCCAGGCUGGGGGCGGGGAGAGGGGAGUCGGGGUUCCCCAGGCCUGACAGAGGAGAUUCCCCCCGACCUGAGGCGGCGCAGAGACCCAACUCGGGCUACUCUAGGGACCCCGGGCCGCGAUCGAAGGAAACACGCCAGGGGCGAUGGGGAUCCCCCAGCAGGGUCGGGAUCCGUGUGCCUGCUCGUCCACCUUACCGCGGGAUGGGCCGCGACUGCUCAGCGCCUGCGAGGUAGUCCGACGCGCCGCUCCGCCGCUCCGGAGAUCUCCUGGUCUGGCGCUUUUAAGGAGCGAAGCGGAACCCCGCGGGAGACAGGGGCCCUGAACUCAGGGGCUUCGCCACUGAUUGUCCAAACGCAAUUCUUGUACGAGUCUGCGGCCAACCGAGAAUUGUGGCUGGACAUCUGUGGCUGAGCUCCGUGCGCAACUGGGGCGGGGGCCGCAGGGACGGAGCUCAGCGCGGGCGAGACCCCUCGGGGCGGCGGCUGGCUGGCCCCAGCGCGAAGAUCGCGGCCCCGGCCCGGCGCGCAAAGGAGGAACGCCGGUCCCUGCCACCAGCGCCGCCAUCCUCAUCCUUCCUUCUCCUCCUCCUCUGCGGGUGACCGGUCCCGGCUGGCGGGGUCCUCCAGUCGAUCGCGUCGUUUCUCUCCCUUUCAAAUUUCGGCCGGAACGAAGCUGGCACGCAGCGGCGGGGAUCGAAUGCGGUCCGGCGAGCCCGCCCUCAGCCCGAGCCGCAGGAAGUCGGAGGUGAAAGAGGCCGGCAGAAUGCGCUCCUCAUUUCGAAUUUGUUGUAACCUAUCCCCCACAAAUAUUCCCAAAACAAAACAAUAAUCCUAAGCCAACCCCUAAAUCCCAAACAAACCAACCCCUCCCGCAAGCCCCUCUGGACAGACCGAUGGGCUGAGCCUCCUCCAGCCGCUGCCGGAGUGGGCGAAGCGUCGGGAAUGAUGCGCUCCAGCCGGGCAAUCGGGCUGCGGAAAUAGAACUUGGACAAACGAAUCCUUUUCAUUAAAGAAAAAUCUUCGGAGAUA